UUACUUGCAUAAUUAAACAUUCACAUUAAUCACAGCUGAGAAAGUCAUUUAUUGUUUGUGAUUAGAAUUACUUAUUCUAGUAUAUCAUUUAUGCACACACUUUUAAUUUUUAAUUAAAAUUAAUUGUAAAAGAAAUUAUUUUAUUCAGAAAUGCAUUAAGAUUAUAAUAAGUUACAUCUUUUUGAUGCUAGUGUAUGGACAUUGGACAAGUCACUGCUGGAAAUGAUAAUAUUGUAAUAAUAAAUAAAAGCAAUUAUAAAUAAUUGUAUGAGAGGGGUACACAUGUAUAUUAAAUUCAUUAUUUUAACUAAUUGGUGAUUGGAUAUUAAAGUGACACUAUUUUGUUCUAUUUUGUUAAACUUAAGUGCAUAAAUAAUUAGAAUAAUUAUUAUUUGUCUACCCACCUAUUCAAUACUAUUGAACUUGAAAUCAAUUCUCUCAUCUCAUCUUUUCUUAUAAAUAAGAUUCUUAAAUAGAAUAGAGUUAGUUAAUUGUGAAACUUUUAACUAUCCAAUUUUACAAAUUAAUUCUAUGUUUUUAGUUAAGGAGAAUAUAUAAUAUUCCAUACCGAAAAUGAUGACUCGCAAAGCUACAGCACAAAACACCGAAUUCAAAUUAAGGCAAACAUUAAAAGAACUGAAGCAGUCUAAAGAAACAUGUGAUCAGCUGCUCCGAGACCGUGAGGAGAGUGAAGAAGAAAUAAAGAAAAUUAUUGCAAAAAAUUCACAAUUGAAAAGUGAUCUCGCUGAACUGCACUCUCAACAUGAAGAAGUGCUUUAUCAACGUGAACAACUACACAACACCCUCAGUAGUUGCAGCAAGGAAUUUGACACAUAUAAGAGGGCUCUGCAACGCAUAGAUGACCUAGAACGAGAACUUAGUGUAGCGAACUGUCAAAUAAAUCUAUAUGCGGAAACUCAACAACUGCAGGAGACUCUUCAUACUCAAAGCCUCUUCGAGGAGCUCAUGGCAUCACCUGGAACACCCCUGACCCCACAAUGUUUAAUUUCUACUAAUAGAGAAGUAACCCACCACCCACAAAGUAUAAAAAAAGUUAAAAAAUAUGUACGAAUUAGUAAAUUUAUUAAAAAAAUAGAAAAAAAAAUUAAAAGAAACCAAGGCUAUCAUAGAAACAUUACUCUUAGAAAAGAAAAAAAUAGUUUAAUAGACUCACUAGAAAUUUAUAGUUCAAAAUUAAAUUAGAGUAGGCAAAUGUAUGACCGGGAUACUAAACAAUUAUGUAAAUCUAGAAAUUCAGAACUUGCAUGCUUCUUUAGAAAAUAUGGAGAAAAAAUACCUAAGUGCACAGAAACAAAUAAGUGAACAUAUAAUGUCAGCUACUGAGUU